GACUUUUCUCGGAUUAGAGCUCUCGGGAUCUCCUCGGUGGCGGUGAAACUCCUGUGCUAGAGCUACUUGGUGUGUGAUUAACUACAUAAGGACAUUUUGAGCCGAGCGCUUCUAGGUGUUUGCAGGAGUCUGCUGUGGAUUGCUUCAAGUUUUAAUACCCCCGGAUCAACUGACAAUUUGUGGAUUAGCCUUUGUCUGGGUGGAUGCCGUUGUGGCUCGAAGGAGAAGAUACAUGCUGUAAAGAGUGUUGGCAGUUGGAAAAUUUCAGGACGCAAGACUUGAUUCAACCUGAUCUUUAUUUGUUGUUGCUGCUGUUUGUUGUGAUGCCAGAGUGACAGAGUGAAUGACACCGAAAGAGGGAUCAAAAAGAGGAAAAUAGUUGGGCGCAACAUGGAAUGCUAGGGUUCCCAGCAGGGAGAUUAACGCGUAGUGAUUUUUGGCCCUGAAUGGACAGUGUUUGUUAGAAUCCUUUUUUGUGUUCGCUGUAAUUGAAAAGUCCGAUAGCACGCUUUAUGAUUCGUGUGUGCGUGCGGCUAUGUGUGGGUGCUGUUUGUGAGAGAAAAUUUAAAUUAAAAAAGGAUUAAAGGAUUAAAUCCGUGCAUUGGGACGGAAAGUUUGGUGUGCAUACAGAACGGUUCCCGAUAUUCGUGUAUUCCAGGAGCCGCGCGACGCGAGAGCAGCAGUGGAGCCCGCAAUGAAGUGUUAAUGCAUUUAAACUGCUGAUAAAGAUGGCGAAAAUUGUGCCAAAUUAUUUUCCAUCCGGCCAAGUGACACUGGCGCUGUUCUUCCCGGUUCUGGUCUGAGCCGUUGCGAGAGACCACGACGACGUUCCGCCUGGCACUGGAGGAAAAUUCAAUGAAGCUGUAAUCACAUCGUAACGGAGAAAUUAAAGCUCUUACUGACAUUGGCGAACCGGUGAGCAGCGGAGGAAAAGGAAAAGCUGGCGGAAAAAAAUUACGAUAACACAGUUUGGCUCGAAAGCUGUUUUCGGCACACCGUUGAUGUAAGGAUACCAGAAGAGAAAAGAAGAACGGGGAAGGGGGAGAAACAUACAGAUUAAUUUUACGGAUGGCAAAAGACUCUGGCUGGGAAGAGGAAAAAAAGUUUUCCCCGCUCACUGAAUCCGUGCUGUUGCUGCCGGACCUGCCGGAAUUGAUGAAGUCUCUCCACCGGCGGAGAAAAACGGCAGAAAAUUGCCACGAAAAUUGUCCAGUGGAAAACAAAAAGACAACAGUGAGAGAGUGUGUGUGUGUGUAGGUAUGUGCCGAAUGAAUAAAUGAAACAAUAAAGUAAAAGUUUAGUUUACAAAGCAAAAUUCCAUGCGCGAAGGGGAAGAAUAACACAAACAGCAGAAAUUAUAAUAAUUGCAAUAAUAAUAGUGGAGCAGUUGGCUCGUGAGUGUUUGGAUUGAGCAAGAAGAGGAAGUGAUCUGUAGAGUGGUUCCAGUAGAGUGCAACAGUAAACAGUGCCGCGGCACUGGGGAAUCGUCCCGUGACUUUGGCUCACGGCCAACAGUGAGAAAAACCAUCGGUGUGCAUACACACACAGCAUACUCCCUGGGUGGCAGGAGCGUGGGAUUGUACAGAAUACCGUAACAAUAACCACAAUAGUCUACAAAACAUACAAGAGGGUAAAUCCCUCCCAGCGAGAUCAGAUACAGCCGGUGAAUAUCCUCGUCGAGUGGCGGACGGAAGGUGAGAAGCGAACGUGUGGCAAAUUCGCCAGCAGGCUCCCGAAAGGCACCCCGAGUGUGUGUGUGUCAGGAAACGAAGGCAGCACACUAAAUGUGGAAUAUAAUGGCCGGAAAUGUGUGUCAUAUCUUACUAUUUUUCCUCUUCGCCCAGGAAACGGCUUACGGUACUUCAUUCGGAAACUCGCUGUCCGACUCACUGUCAGAUCCAGACUUCAUCGACAGUCCGCCGAUGAUUCAGCCCAAAUUCACCUCCCGCUCACAGUCGAUACGAGCCGUCAUAGGCGAUACGAUCACACUGCCGUGUGACGUUGAAAAUCUAGGAAACAACAUCCUGCUGUGGCGCAGAGGGAGCGCUGUGGUGACGGCGGCCAAUUUGAUAAUCACCCGGGAUUUACGCUUCAAACUGCUCAAAGGGUACACGUUGCAGAUCAAGAAUGUCCGACCGCAGGAUGCCGGUGACUACAGCUGCCAGGUGGGUGACCACGACAAUCGAGAUCUGGUGCAUACGGUCGAGAUUCUGGUGCCCCCGUCGGUGCGCUCCAACCCCGAAACGGGACAUGUGACGGUGCGAAAGGGCGGCACCGCAACGCUAGAGUGCAAGGCUAGCGGAAAUCCGGUCCCGAGCAUCAGCUGGAGCAGAAAGGAUGCACUGCACGGUUCGCCCCAUUUGGCCGAGGGACCAACGCUGGUGCUGGAGAAUGUCAACCGGCAGGACAGUGGCACGUAUCGAUGCUACGCGGACAACGGGAUCCGGGAGCCCGUGUUUGUCGACAUGCAGCUGAUUGUGCUGUCCCCACCGGAAAUAACUGUGGAGAAAACUUGGGUUCACGCCGGAGAAGGAUACGAGACGCAACUUGUUUGUACCGUACACGGAGAUUCCACCCCGGAGUUCGUGCAUUUGCACCAUUUGCAGAUGAUGUGGUACCAGGACUCGUUUCUGCUCCACCCGAACGACCGACGGACGAUGGAUACCCGAGGAGAUAACCACUACCUGACGAUACGGAAUGUGCGCCCGUCUGAUUUUGGCAAUUACAGCUGCGUGGCGGAAAACUCGCUCGGACGUGCCAAAAAGUACAUCGAAGUUUCGGGCCGACCGGGCGCGGCCCAGUUCCACUCGCCGAUGUACAGCCGCUACCGGGAAAUGUACAACCUCACCUGGAGCGUCGAGUCAUUCCCUCCGAUUGAGGAGAUUCGGCUGUUGUACCGAAAAUUGUUGAUGAACGAGUCUUAUCAGCAUCCGGGCAGAUGGCACGACGUCAUCCUGAACCCCCCGUCGACCAGAGCCGAAUCGUUCCGUCACAUAAUGACGUACACAAUCCGGGGCCUGGACCCGAACUCGGUUUACGAGACCAUCGUGCAGGCGAAGAACCGAUACGGCUGGAAUGAGGUCAGCGAUAUUUUCCAGUUCUACACGCUGAGUACCGAUAUGCCAGAGGAGGACGUGGAGCAGACCUUAGGUUCGACCGCUUUCGGCAAUCCCUUCAGCUGGGCCAGCAGUAUCCAACCGAGCCUCAACCGAAACUGGAUGCUUCUGUUGACGGCGGUGAUUUUUUCGAUCAAAGUUUUUGGUAGUUUCUAAGGAGCAAAACUUUCGUCGAGCCUCGCUUCAGUUUGCAUAUUUUUAUGGUAGCUUAUUUGUUUCUAGCGAUUUAGAGCAAAUAUUUUCUUUUGUAUAUUGAAAAUAAAAAUAACAUUCCUAGGCUAAGGAUGAUGAAACUGUAUUUUAAAACUUGUAUAACAUUGUUUUUGUUUUAUUGAAGAUUGAGAUGUAUGGCAACAAGAGCUAUUCGACAUCUUCGGAAACAAUUAACGUCAUUCGUCAGUUGUGCUAAAAUUAUAUAAAAAUACAAGAAAAAAAUAUACAAGCUUGUUUCAGCUACGCCAGUAUAGUACUUCGACCCCGAAUAUGCAUAAUUAUUUUCGCAAAUCGCUUUUUGCACCACCUGUUAAUUUUUCUCUAUGUGACGCAUAUUUAGGGUAGUACAGCUGGGAGCAAGCUUGAAUAGAAAGAUAGAGUUCCAGUUUUCCGUAUGAAACAGCUCUUAUUGCCACCACCCCCCUCCCAUUUAGUAACCAUUCAUCGGAGUUACAUCAGAGCUCAAAUCGAAGCAUAUUUUGUUGGGUGAGCAUUGAUGUAAAUCGUACGAGGGAUGAAAUACAAACAACACACAGAGAAACGAUAAUUUAUUGAUAAUGUAAAGAAGGUGUAAUUUAGAGAAUAAGUAAGUGUACUGUAGAGAGCAAUCCUAUUUCUGGAAAUUGACUAGAUUAUCCUUUGUGAAUACGACUAAAAAUGAAGAAAAAAAAGCAAAAAAAAAAACACAGAAACGAAAUAAGACUAGAGCUACGAAUAAAAUGGAUUUUUUAAUAAAGCUAUUUUCAA